AUGGCACAGUUGCGGGUCAGCAAUUAUGCCAGCAACGAGUUGUAUAAUACCUACUUCAAUAGUCCUUUGAGGAGAUCGUAUGUUUCGAGCAGGUUGUCCAAGUUGACAUCGCGUAGAAAGGACCGGUCGGAUAAUGUUGCCGCAAUUCCUCCACCAUUUGUCGAUAAAUAUCGGGCAAGGGAGGCUCGAGCUGCAGAUAGUCUUGAAGUAUGGAGGGAUGGUAGCUAUCGAAGGCUGUCCGUCACGGAUUGCGGGGAGUCGGGCGGAGCGAUCAACGAUUGGCGCACAUGGUGUGAUGCUGAAGGCGUACCGAGUCCUGUAGGAGUAACAGGGGGGACGUCUGGCGCGUUAAGCGAGACAGAUGAGGGGAUUGAAUGGGUGGAAGAUUUCUGGGAGCUCCCACCGCCCGCUAGGCCGAAUCGGGCAAUUCCCGUGCCUGCGCCUGUGCCUGUUGGGAAUCCCCUCUUAACACAAGCUAUUGCUAUGGAUGAGCAGAUUACUCCGUUCGGCGCCAGCACCGUUAGGCUUCGAACACUUCUAUGCGACCGCGAUCAAGAACGCGUAGGCAUUGCAACAAGCAUAGAAGGACUACGUUCGCAGGAGCUUAUUAAGGCGCCAGACCGCAGAGCGACAUAUGACUUUAUACAUGGUGGCUGGAUCCAUGCUGCUCGGAGCCCAGACAUUAUCUAUGCCUUUAACAAUAAAAGAAAUCUAAUCGGUCUCGAUCUGAGGGUAAAAAACACAAGAGGUGUGAUCGUCCUCCCUACGCGGAUGCCGGCGGGCUUGAAUCAAGUCGGAUACCCUGUUGGACUCAUGCGACCCAUUGAUGAGCGCGCUCGUAUAACCAAGCAAUGA